UUGCAGUGCACUCCAGCCCGGGCGACAGUGCGAGGCUCCCUCCCAAAAAAAAAAGAAGAAGAAAAGAAAAAAAAAGUGUGUGCGAGAGAGACGAGAGAAAGAGAGAGACAAAGAAAGAGAAAGGUUUCGGGUCUCUGACGGAUGAGAAGGAACAAGACGGGGAUGCAGUCCUACCCACUUCGACUCCACCCCCUCUCAAGACCUUCAUGCCUAACGACUCCCUACGCGCAACAAAACUGGCCGCCACGGGAGCCCGUCCAUAGCCCUGGGUCGUUUGAGAAUUAGAGCAGAAGCUCCACCCUGUUGUGGGCACCUUGCCCUUCUCAAACAUGGCCGCCACGGCGCCUCUGGAAGGGAACCGCUCUGGGCCCCGCCUUUGAUCUCGUUGGUGGGGCUGGCUGGGGGAUGAGAGCUGCACCGCGCGGGACAAGUCGCCGGCGGCGCCCGACGGAGCAGAAGAGAGAGCAUGGAGCUGGAGAGGAUCGUCAGUGCAGCCCUCCUUGCCUUUGUCCAGACGCACCUCCCGGAGGCCGACCUCAGUGGCUUGGAUGAGGUCAUCUUCUCCUAUGUGCUUGGGGUCCUGGAGGACCUGGGCCCCUCGGGCCCAUCAGAGGAGAACUUCGAUAUGGAUGCUUUCACUGAGAUGAUGGAGGCCUAUGUGCCUGGCUUUGCCCACAUUCCCAGGGGCACAAUAGGGGACAUGAUGCAGAAGCUCUCAGGGCAGCUGAGUGAUGCCAGGAACAAAGAGAACCUGCAACCGCAGAGCUCUGGUGUCCAAGGUCAGGUGCCCAUCUCCCCAGAGCCCCUGCAGCGGCCUGAAAUGCUCAAAGAAGAGACUAGGUCUUCUGCUGCUGCUGCUGCUGCUGCUGCAGACAUCCAAGAUGAGGCAACUGGUGCUGAGGAGGAGCUUCUGCCAGGGGUGGAUGUACUCCUGGAGGUGUUCCCUACCUGUUCGGUGGAGCAGGCCCAGUGGGUGCUGGCCAAAGCUCGGGGGGACUUGGAAGAAGCUGUGCAGAUGCUGGUAGAGGGAAAGGAAGAGGGGCCUGCAGCCUGGGAGGGCCCCAACCAGGACCUGCCCAGACGCCUCAGAGGCCCCCAAAAGGAUGAGCUGAAGUCCUUCAUCCUGCAGAAGUACAUGAUGGUGGAUAGCGCAGAGGAUCAGAAGAUUCACCGGCCCAUGGCUCCCAAGGAGGCCCCCAAGAAGCUGAUCCGAUACAUCGACAACCAGGUAGUGAGCACCAAAGGGGAGCGAUUCAAAGAUGUGCGGAACCCUGAGGCCGAGGAGAUGAAGGCCACAUACAUCAACCUCAAGCCGGCCAGAAAGUACCGCUUCCAUUGAGGCACUCGCCGGACUCUGCCCGAGCCUUCCAGGCUCAGAUCCCAGAGGGAUGCAGGAGCCCUAUACCCCUACACAGGGGCCCCCUAACUCCUGUCCCCCUUCUCUACUUCUUUGCUCCAUAGUGUUAACCUACUCUCGGAGCUGCCUCCAUGGGCACAGUAAAGGUGGCCCAAGGAA